GUGAGGGGAUACGAAUGUUGGGGGCCAGGGUCUGCAUCAACAGCUUCGAGGAGUGGCCUUGGGAAGCACCUCCCACUGUGUGCCUGUGACACCUGAUGAGGGUGGGAGAGGCAGCCUCCACGCGUUAACUCUUUCAUCUGUGGCCUCGCUGCACAGCUGAAGCAGGCUCCAAUUGUGCAUGGAAUGUUCCGGUGAUACCCUGGGAGAAGAUGGGGAAGGGCUGCAAGGUUGUGGUUUGCGGAUUGUUAUCUGUGGGGAAAACUGCAAUCUUGGAGCAGCUUCUCUACGGAAAUCACACCAUAGGGAUGGAAGACUGUGAAACGAUGGAAGAUGUGUAUAUGGCUUCUGUGGAAACGGACCGGGGAGUGAAGGAGCAGUUACACCUUUAUGACACCAGAGGCCUACAGGAGGGCGUGGAGCUGCCAAAGCAUUAUUUUUCGUUUGCUGAUGGCUUUGUUCUUGUAUACAGCGUGAAUAACUUGGAGUCCUUUCAAAGGGUGGAGCUUUUGAAGAAGGAGAUCGAUAAGUUCAAAGAUAAAAAAGAGGUAGCGAUCGUCGUGUUAGGAAACAAGACCGACCUUUCGGAGCAGAGACAAGUGGACGCUGAGGUGGCGCAGCAGUGGGCCAGGAGUGAGAGGGUGAGGCUGUGGGAGGUGACCGCCACUGACCGCAGGACGCUCAUCGAGCCCUUCAUGCUGCUGGCCAGCAAGCUCUCCCAGCCCCAAAGCAAGUCGGGCUUCCCUCUGCCUGGGCGGAAAAACAAAGGCAACUCCAGCUCUGAGAACUAGACGUCACCCCGUGCAGCGCCGACUGCAUCAUACAGAGAUGAAGGUUUAAAACAGGUCAUUGGUACCUACCUUUGGUCCUUGGGAAACCCCUAAGGAAGUAAUGUGCUGCACUUUAGGCUGUAAUUAAAUUCUUUUGGCUACGUUUAUUACUA